UCAACGAUGAUUCUGGUGAUCAGCGGCUCGAAUGGAGUCGAGGUGGUAGUCGAGUGGGCAAACUCGUCAAAGGCACUGCACUCCAGAGAAAAGACACGGGUUGGAAAUGGAAUGCGAUCAAUAUGCACGUUCAUGACUGUAUGGUGAUUAUUGCGUUUCUCUCUGGCUAUGCCAUCGGCUUCCCAGACUAUCGAAAACUCAUAAAUAAAGACUGGAACCUCAAUGAUGACCGGGCUUGCUGGGUACUGGGCGUGGAUAAAUGGUGUGACUGGUCUGCUUGUGAUGGAAAGAGAGUGGUAUUCGCAGUUGUAAGUCGGACUUAUAUGCUUUAUGUAUUGGAACUAAAUACCUCCCAGCGUGAUCGCAAUGUUAUUCUAAACCUGCAUGAGCUACCUAAUAAAAUGAUAUCGGUCGAUACUCCGAUUGUUGAAAUUUCUCGUGGUAUAUGGGAGA